AACCCCUUUGGCUGAAUGCUGCUUUGUUUUAUUCUCCUUUGCUCCCCUUUCUCUCGCAUCCUGCCAAACAAAGGAAACGGGAGGAAUUCCGAUUUGCGGGAGACAUGCGUUCCAUCAGGAAGAGGUGGACUAUCUGCACGAUAAGUAUCCUCCUGAUCUUUUACAAGACAAAGGAGAUUGCAAGAACCGAGGGGCACCCGGAGGCGCAACCCAGCGGAGAUGGUGAGCAAAGUUUAAGUAAAUCAAUGGUCAAUAGCUCUGAUAAAAUAAGCCGGAAGAGUGGCUCUUCAGUGUUCCAGUAUUCUGUAGAAAGAUGGAAAAUCAAUUCCUCCUUGGUGAUGGAAAUAAGGAAGAAUAUUCUUCGAUUCUUGGAUGCUGAAAGAGACAUCUCGGUUGUCAAAAGCAGUUUCAAGCCGGGAGAUGUAAUCCACUAUGUGUUAGACAGACGCCGUACACUAAAUAUUUCUCAGGAUUUGCAUAGCCUCCUUCCUGAAGUUUCUCCAAUGAAGAAUCGUCGAUUUAAGACAUGUGCUGUUGUAGGAAAUUCUGGCAUCCUUCUGGAUAGUGGGUGUGGAAAAGAGAUUGACAGUCAUGAGUUUGUUAUAAGGUGCAAUCUAGCUCCUGUGGUGGAGUUUGCUGCAGACGUGGGAACUAAAUCAGAUUUUAUUACCAUGAACCCAUCAGUUGUACAAAGAGCAUUUGGAGGCUUUCGGAAUGAGAGUGACAGAGAAAAAUUUGUGCAUAGACUAUCUAUGCUGAAUGACAGUGUCCUUUGGAUCCCUGCUUUCAUGGUCAAAGGCGGAGAGAAGCAUGUGCAGUGGGUUAAUGCAUUAAUCCUUAAGAAUAAAUUGAAAGUGCGAACUGCCUAUCCAUCACUGAGGCUUAUUCAUGCUGUCAGAGGUUACUGGCUAACCAACAAAGUUUACAUCAAGCGACCCAGCACUGGACUCCUUAUGUAUACUCUUGCGACGAGGUUCUGUGAUGAAAUUCACCUUUAUGGAUUCUGGCCCUUCCCAAAGGAUAUAAAUGGAAAACCAGUCAAAUAUCAUUAUUAUGAUGACUUAAAGUACAGAUACUUUUCAAACGCUAGCCCCCAUAGGAUGCCAUUAGAGUUUAAAACACUGAACAUGUUACAUAAUAAAGGAGCACUUAAACUGACCACAGGGAAAUGUAUACAGCAAUAAUGCACAAGUCAAAUUUCAAGAGAAAUACAGGAAAUUCAGAUUUUAUAGAACAGCAGUGGGAUCCAAACAGUGGAUAUAUCCCAGUGCACUGUACCAAGCCAUCAGAACAGAAGGAAGUGCAUCAACACUCUAUUACCAGCUGUUGUUUUACCUGUUGAAGUGCUAAAUCUUGAGUGCAAUGGUUCAAGUAAGUGCCACUUUUGCUAAGAACAAAUCUUGAAUGUAUACAAUCAGAAGUGUUUACAAGCUCCAACAAUGCAUUCAUCACUUGUGCGCUGAUCAUUUGCCUCCACACAAAGUCGGGCAAUGUCCAAAGGAAUACCCAGGCAUUAAAACGAAAUGAAGUGAAGUCAAGGUGCAGUGGAUCAUAUCU